GCGGGAGCCUCAUUCACCGGUUUGAUGGCUGCUGCUUGGUUGCUGCCGCUGCUGCUGUGCGCCGUCGUCCCGCAAGGUAUUGCGGGUGCGUACUACGGCAAGCUGAUCGGCCCGAUCAAAACGAACGCACACGGCUUUACUGGAAACGUGUACGCUGCGAAUGACAACAGCGUCAUCAUCACCGACCUCAACUACGACGGAGAAGGCCCAGAGGCCUUCUUCUGGGCUGGUACCGGCAAGGAGCCCGACGAUAAGGGCCAACAAGUGCCUGACGAGAACGGCAGCGUGGCGGUCUUGAAGGCCUACAAAAAUGCCCGAGUGCUGCUCACCCUCCCCAAGAAAAUCACCGACUACCAGUACCUGGGCAUCUACUGCCGAAAGUUUGGGGCGAACUUCGGCCACGUGAGCAUACCAAGCGGCUUUGAGCUCCCUCGAGAGCAGAGCCUAGGCCAGCUGACAACCAAGGCGCACGAGGCCCAUGCCGCCGAAGUGGUUCUCAAGGACAGCGCUACUGUGGAGCUCAAGCAGUUCAAGUAUGACGGCCAAGGUCCAGCCGCCUUCUUCGUGGUGGCUCCGAGCGUGAAUGCCAGACAAGCGGACAUGGUGAAGCUUCUCGACGAAACUGGCAAGGACUCCAAGCUUGGCGCGUACGGCGGAAAAGAUAUCGUCCUCAAGCUACCGGACGGCCACCAUUGGAACGAGUUCAGAUGGUUCUCCGUGUACUGCUUUCAAGCCUCGGCGAGCUUCGCUGACGUCGCCAUCGACGUCGCCGAGAAGCUGCCCGUCCACAAUCCUUCGUCGGUCGCAGCCGCAUCAGCCGGUGUCAGCCCCGCGGCGACGCUGGCUCUGUUGGUCCUGGCCUGCCUGGUGGCCGUCUCAUAACAAGCCGCUCUCGUGGCAGCUCCAAGGGACCAAUGACCAGCUGUUCCUGCUACCAAGACCCUUUGGUUGGCUGCUUUUGCGAAACAAUAAAAAGAAAAGAUGAGCAUGCGGCACUUAAAGCACUCUUCCCAGAUCUUCCCGACGGCCCUUGGCGGCGAAGUCUCACAAAAGACAGCAGGCAUUCGCUCACCCGAAUGAGAACUCGUAUAAACAACGUCACACCUGCAGAGGUCGUA